UUGAGGUGAUAAUAGUGUUUGUUUAUCUGAAUGGCCUGUCAUGGGGAGGGUCAGCAUAAUUUACACCAAAUACUGAGUAACCAUGCAGAGCUGAAGAGUGUUAGUGUCGUGCUAUCGUUUACGGAUCUGUGCGCAUCAGUGGAACGCCUGCUCUCUGAUAACAAGGAUAGAGUCGGGCGGUAUUGAUCUGGGGCAACAUUAGUCUAAUGGAGGCCAGGAUGCAAGCAGUAGCUACUGCAUAUGUGGAUGUGUGGAACAGGUAGAGAAGCCGUAAAUGUGCUCCACCAUUCCAGUCUCAGCAUACAGAGGAGCUAUUGUUCUUCAGCCUAACGCUUUCUCUCAUUAAUGUGGCACUGAACUCCAAACAUGGAUCAGCCUUUCAUUGUUAACAUCUCUGCAAAUUGGAACAUCAUAAUGAUGAGCAGACACAUGAAUCUGUUCCUCAUCCCUAUGGUUCUGCUAACCUCGGUCACAUUGCUGGUCAACCCCAUUCUGUCCCUUUGCAUACUGUGUUUUCCUUCGCUACGUCAAGAGAACCGCUACCUGCUCCUUGCUAACAUGCUCUUCACCGAUAUGCUCUUCCUCGCCAUAAACCUUACGAUGGUCUCCUGCAACUCCAUGGGCCUGCACAUGCCCAACUGGUUUUGUGAGUUUAUGAUGGUGAGCAUUGUAAUGACAUAUAGCACCUCUGUGCUCACUAUCACACUGAUGGUUGUCGACACGUAUGUGGCGGUACGGUGGCCAUUACGUUACAAAGAGAUUUUCACACCAUCUCGGGCCAGGAAGAUAAUCAUGAGCUUGUGGGUGUUGGCCGCAGUGUGUCCCGUCUCUUUGCUAGUGAUGUUUGAGGUGGUGAUGGGCCAUUACAAGCAGAGCCGUCCAGUGUGUUUAGUGUUGAUUGCGGUGCACUCAUUGGAACAGAUGAAGGUUGGCGUUCAUUCGUACUUCAUCACUGCUGUCAGCCUCUGCACUGUUCUUACUGUGUACUGUUACAUCCAUCUCUACAUCAUCACCAAGACUUCUGGGAUAUGGCGUGGUCGGUACUCUCGUGCGCGUAUGACACUUCUGGCACACACUCUGUUGCUCAUGUUGUAUUUUGUACCCCCAUUGGUCUUUGCGGUCGAGCUGGCUCUUUUAAAGCGAGAUACCCCGUAUGAGGUGGGAGUGUGGAUUAACUUGGUGAACAUGUGCGUGUUGAUGUUGUUGCCACGCUGUUGCACACCUUACCUGUACAUCCUGCGCUAUCGCGAGAUUUACAGGACUGUCCAGCAAGUGUUGUGGAAGAAGAGACCCCAAAGUCAGAGGAGUGCUGCCUAGAACUGGACUUGAAGCAGAGCAAGCCUGCAAAAUAAUUGUCUGGUUGCUCAGUUGUUGGAAGAUUUAUUUGCAGAAGAUGGAAUUUAAAAGACUCCUGAGCCAGAAA